GCGCUCGAGUACGGCCUGCCGCCGACGGCGGGGUGGGGCAUGGGCAUCGACCGGCUGUGCAUGCUGCUGACCGACAACGAGUCCAUCAAGGAGGUGUUGCUCUUCCCGGCGAUGCGGCCCGUCGGCAUGGCCGCCGACUUCAACCCCGACUGCCAAUAG